CAUGACCGCCGUGGUGUCUUCCAGGACAUGUUUUUGUUGCUAACAUCCCAUUAAUUCAGCCGCCACCAUGGCCUCCGCCUCGACCCACGGCAGCACCUCGUCCGUCGACGCCCUCGACUCCCGCAUCCCGGGCGCUUUCCCUGCCUCCAGCGUGUCCUCCCACCAGAGCCUCUACCAGGCUGUGUUUGCCAGGCGUUCCGAAUACACCCGCCUCCGUAGGAUUCGCGUCAAGGUCGGGUCCUGGAAUGUCGCUGCUCUCAAGGGCACCGAGAAGGACGUGGCCGGGUGGUUCGUCGAGGGCAAAGGCGUGGAAGAAGCCAUGGCCGGCCUCGACAUUCAAGGCCAGCAGGCUGCUGGAGCCGACCAGCGAGAGAGCGUUGGAGACCAAGAAGCGCGAAGCACGCACAAGGCCACAACCAUACCUGAAAAUGACGCCGGAAGCCUCCCCGGUGGCGAGGAAGUUGGUAUAUACGCCCUUGGCCUGCAAGAAGUUGUGGAUGUGGGGUCUGCAACCGAAGCGUUCAAGCCGUAUACAGAUCCCGCGGUCGCACAAAAGUUCAAAAGUGCCAUGCUGGACGCCUUGCCUCCUGGAUACCAACUGGUAGCGGAGCAGCAGCUGAUCGGCCUCUUGUUGCUCAUCUUUGUAUCCCCGAGCAUUACCCCUGAAGUGAAGUUUGUCAGUACAACAAGUGUAGGAACGGGACUCAUGGGUUACAUGGGGAACAAAGGCGCCGUCACUACUCGAUUGGUGGUAGGCGAAACUACGCGUCUGGUCUUUAUCAAUUCACAUCUGGCCGCUGGGGCAGACAAAGCAGCCCUGGAACGAAGGAAUUGGGAUGUUAGUCAAAUCAUCAGUCGAACAAAAUUCGAACCAAUAGUCGAUCACAUGGGCCUCACCCAGUCCAACGGAGAUGGAGUGGGCGACGAAGAUUUUGCGUUUUGGUUUGGAGACCUUAACUACAGGCUGGAGGGAAUACCCGGCGACGACGUUCGUCGCCUUUUGACAGUACACACCCAACAUCUCGACGCCGUGAAAUCAGAACCGCUUCAAACGUCUGCCACGGAACAGAUGGACGAAGAAGUUCCAGCCAACCUACCUGCUCAUAUGGAUCCUGCGUCUCUGCAUACGACAAUAUCGUCGCUACUACCGCAUGAUGAGCUCCACCAGCAGCAGAGACUGAGAAAAGCAUUUGAAGAUGGUUGGCGCGAGGGUCCAAUUGAAUUCCUGCCGACCUACAAAUACGAUGUUGGUAGAGUAGGGCUAUUUGAUUCGAGUGAAAAGAAUCGUUGUCCAAGCUGGUGCGAUCGUAUUCUCUAUCGUUCUCGAACAGCCAGACUCGCUUAUGAGAUGAAAGUGCAAGAGGAGGAGGUUGCGAGGAAGAAGGAUGAAGAAAUGAAGGCCAGGGGCUUAGAAGAAGCUGGUGCAGAUGAAGAUCUUCUGUUUGAUUACGACCCGGCCACAGACGGUGAUGAUUAUGACGAGUUCGCCGAUUCAGAACCAGAAGUCGUAGUUACGAAAGAGAGCUUUGAAGAUGAUAUAACUCUCGAAUACUACACAGCUCACCAACGAGUACUGUCGUCCGACCACAAACCUCUUAGCGCAGUUUUUGCCCUUAAGUACGACGCCGUCGUGCCGGAGCUGAGAGCCCGUGUUCAUCAAGAAGUUGUCAGGGAUCUCGACCGCGCUGAGAAUGAAGGUAGGCCAACUGUUAUGGUCGUGGUGGAUCAGCACUCAGGGUAUGAAACAACGGAACCAUCCGAUACAGAUUCCUUGGACCAUGAGGGCAUCUAUUUUGGAGACGUACGAUACGCCACGUCGAAGCGUCGCAGCAUCACAAUCGCGAACACAGGAAGAGUGCCAGCUGUUGUCUCCUUUGUUGAUCGCCCAGCCGAGCCAGGACGACCUACGGGACCAAUGCCACCCUGGUUAUUGGUUCGAUUUGACAGAGAUCCGGACAAGAACCCUACGGCUCCAAGUGAGCACGACCAGUAUACGAUUGAGCCCGCGGAGGUCUGCAACGUUGAACUAAAACUCAAAGUCGAGCUCAUAGAACUCGUUCGCGAGCUUAAUGAAGGCGUAGCAACGCUCGACGACGUUCUUGUGUUACGAGUCGAAAACGGGCGUGACCAUUUUCUUCCUGUUCGAGGCCGCUGGCUCUCGUCCUCCUUUGGACGCUCAAUCGACAAGCUUAUCCGAAUCCCCGAGGGAGGCAUCCGAAAACUGCAACGCCAGAAACCGUCCGCGACUGAUCAAGCGGUAAAGUGGUCGGCGCCGCGGGAGUUAUUUCGACUGACGGAAAGCAUAGAAGACCUAGUCGAAAGAACUCUCGCUGAGUGGGACAUGACCAGCUCCGAGGGCGACAAACCUCCAUGGCAAAACAACGCUGGCUGGCCAUUUGCCGAAGAGUCUUGGGGGGCAACCACAAGUGCCUCUAGAGUAUCUCUGCGAGCAAACGUUUACGAGGCCCUCGACUGCGACCAACCCUUCGACACGGCGUUUACAGCGGAUGUUCUGCCGAUGGAGAGGCUUGAAGUACUCGCGCAAACCCUUCUCGUGUUUCUAUGGGGCCUGCAGGAUGGUAUCAUUACAGAGGAGUUGUGGGUACAAUUGGAGAGCAGCAUCGCUGCUCGUGAGAAGGCAAAGCAACAACUCGCCUUGGAUGACGAGCGAAUGUGGUGUCUUGAGAUCUUGUCGUCAGCCCCGACUCAUAACGUCUCAUUCGUCCUCUUAACUUCCAUGCUGUCGCGUGUCGCUAGUGAGAUCGUCAACUCAACUUCGUCCUCAGCCAGACCAAUGUCGGCACCCCGAUCGAGCGUAGAGCUCCCUGCAUCCCCAAGAGUCACUGUGAGAAGAAAGACCCUGAGCCAGAUUCCAGAGGUGGCAAGACGGCAAUUGAUCAACAGAAACUACGCUGUGAUCUUUUCAGGUGUUAUGAUUAGGGCCCCUCAGUUUGGCAAGGGCAAGGAGAAAGAGAAGAGGACGCGAGAAGAGCGUAUGACUAAUUUCAUUGAGAUGUUCUUAAGGGAAAGCGAAGAGGGGCGAUAG